CCCAGCUUCGACCUCCAGGCCCUGCUGGCCCCCCGUCGGGGCCCUGCCACCGCCAGGCCUGUAGAGCCUCCUGUGGGUGCAGCCAGCCGUAACUCCCCCCUCACCUGGCUGGGGCGCCGGGCCCUCACAGACCCUGUUAUCGCCGCUGGGAUGGCAGCCGCCGUCCCCGGAUGGAGAGAGGGAGGAGGAGGAGGGAUUGGGGGAGGAAUAGGAGGGGUGCAGGGGGGAUCAGGGGUGCUCAUCAGAGGUGUAGAGGUGAGCAGCAAGGAAGUGGUGGACUACACCGGGACGCCAAGACAACACGUGCUUCUGAGCCGAGCGGAGAGGGAGACGGGAGGGGAGAGGCAGGGCACCACCACCGCACAGAGGAUGCUGAGUUCAGAGAGGCAGUACGUGGCUGUAUUAAAGGGGGUGGAAGAGACCUACUUGCCCCUCCUGGAGGGUCCAGACACCCCCUCCUCCCUCAGGGGGAAAGCAGAUCUCCUGUUCCCCAAAUGGGCCAGCCUCAGCUCCUUCCACUCACAGAACCUCCUCCCAGCCAUGGAGGGAGCUCUACUGCAGAGUCUGCUGCAACAGGACCUCUUCAGUAAAUACAGAGAGGAGUUUCUCCAGUACUCUCACUACAUCAGGAUUAAACCAGAAUUGGACUCCCCGUUGGUUACUCAAGCUGCGGACUUCUUCAAGCUCAGACUCCCGGCCACCCCUCCUCUCUCCCCCCUGUCGUUCCCCCAUUGUCUCCAGGCCCCUACACUGAGACUGGAACAGUACUGCGAUGCCUUGGAAGAGCUGGGAGGGCUAAACCCUGCCUCCGACUCCUCCCUCUCCGUCCUCAGACACGUCCAGCGUCACGGCGAGGACCUCCGGGCCAGCGACCUAAUCGUCGGGUGUCCGGUCCCAGUGGCGGAGCGCGGAGAGCUGGUGCGUCAGGGGGAGCUGUUGGUGUGUGGGGGGACCAGGAGAAAGAAGACAGGGGUGAGGAGUGUGUUCCUCUAUCAGCACCUCAUCAUCUUCACCAAGCAGAAGAGUCCCGGCCCAGGACGCACCGCCUACAGCUUCAAACACAGCAUCAAGACGGGUGAGAUGGGUCUGACCCAGAGUGUGGGUGAGGAGGGGGUGAGGUUCGAGGUGUGGGUGCGUCAGGCCCCUCGUAUCCGGGACUGCCUGACCCUGCAGUGUCAGAGUGGAGAGGGGAGGGCAGCCUGGACACACGACAUCGCUCAGCUCCUCUGGACUCACGCUAUACACAACACAGAGUUGUGUUUGAAAGAGACAAUGUGUAUCGGUGUGUCUAGUAAGAUACUGCUAGACGCCACAGGAGCACCGGUAACAUCUGAACUCGACUCUAUCUACAAUCUGAAUGACAGAGUCCACAGUAGCUGUUCAGACUCUUCCUCUGUUGGCAGUCAGAAGGAGGGGGGGUCCCCAGCCUCUGGGAGGGGACACACACAGAACCAGUCUCCUUCCACUGCGGUGUAAUCUUCAUCUCAGCAACAAACAAACUGGAUUCUGGACCUAAUAAAGACCAACACAACAUCUCUAUGCAAGCCACUGGACGGGUCAAACUGGACAAGAAGUAAAGGACCAAAGAGAAAAGGGCAUACAGGAAACAAAGAGACAUUACGGCUCUGACUAACCCAGGACCUGGCAUCAGCAGAGCCUGCUCUCGGUGGCCAUGUUGGAUCGGCCGGACCCAGUUGCUCGCCGAGUCAUUGAUACCGUGGACACUCCAGCCACACAGUAGAGCCAUUGUCCUCCUUCAGCGGCCCCCCCACUAGGCCAAACCACUCUGCCUGAACCACUGGCUGGCGGCCAUGGCCUUCGUGCUUCCACUAUCUCCUAAAACAUAAAGGAGCAUUAUAGGAAAUAUAGCUUUAUACUGACUUUAUUGGACAUUAUUACAAUUUUGCCUUUUACAAUGCUGUUUAAACAGGGACGUUAUUUUUUUUUUGGGGGGGGGGGGUGUUAGUACUGUAGUAGUAUUAUAGAUUCUGUCUGUGUGGCCGUAUAUGUGGUAUAGUAUAGGCUUAGGUGUGAUUGUGAUCUAUGCAAAUGAGUACAUACGGCCCUGCAUGUAUGGGUGCACACAUUACGCAGAGUGUGGAACACACGCAUACACUCUGCAGACAGUCUUAUUGUGCUAUAGACAGUAGAGUACUGUUCCGACACUGUGGCCAUCUUACAGCUUAGUACAGUAGCUAUAGACCAACCAGUGGGCAGAUAUCAACCAACGACAGGCAUGGCGCCCUACUCUCAGUAGGUCUUGCCUGGAAGUAAAGAGUAGAAUAAACAAUAACAUGGAAAAGGAGAAAUGUCAACAUCUGAUUAUAACCAAACUAUUAAUCUCAGCACUCAGAACCAAAUAAGCUGUUAAAGAGAGACGACCAAACGUCUGUAUUUCGAGGUGGUUUGUUCAUGAGGAUGUAAAGCAAGCGGGAAUCUGGGCCAAAUGGUUACAGUGUGUCCAAUUGUUAUUGUUGAUGGUUUAAGGAAAGGUGGUAUCAUGUCUUUACUCGGGCGUAAGGCUUAUGGUAAACCGUAUAACUUGUUUUGGUGCCUUAUAGCACUGCUCUGUCUAAAGAUACAGUAGCUAUGGGACUCGAUGUCGUGUUCUCCAUUGGUCUUUUCAAUGACUAUUUCAUUGAAUGAUUUUGCGAUUCCUCUUUUUCACUAUAAGCCAUAAUGUUGCAAGCACCAAGUGUACAAAUGUUUGAUUUGCGAGCAUAAGUUCAUGCAAUAUGACGUCGGUCGGGUCUAGAGCGUGUCAAAUGAGUCAUUUCUUUGUGUCUGAGUCAUGUGCUUAUAGCUUUAUAUACGUUAUUCAAAAUGAAGGAAAGUGUUCCAUGAAAUGGAGAUGUCUGUUACCUGCCCUAUUAUCUCGUUGUGAAUUGAAAGAUUCUUUAUUUUUGAAUGCAGUAUGCACUAUUAGCUUACGCCUCCAACUGUAAUACAAUACAGUGACAAUGAUACAUCAUUUGAUGGGGUGCUUAUAUUUGUCCUAAUUAACACAUGCCCAAGUGUGUAAUAAUGUGCAUGUGUGAUUUGGAAAUGAUUUUUUUUUGCAUAUCCCAACUCUACCUGACACCUCAGAGAGUGGGUUCACAGCCGGGGUUGGCCAUUAUCAACAGCGACCCUGGAGCAAUUAGGGUUAAGUGCCUCGCUCAAAGGCACAUUGUCAUAUUUUUCACCUUGUCGGCUCGGGGAUUCAAACUAACCAACCUUUCGGUUACUGGCCCAUCACCCUUACUGCUAGGAACCUGCAGUCCUAAUAGAAUACAAUGCAAUACUGUAACAUACAAUCAUAUACACGAGGGUUGAGUUCAUUUACAACUACAAAUAUAAGUAUUAUUAAGUAUAAAAGUUGUGUUUCUAAGCUAGUCAAUUUUGGGAGCAAACUGAAUUUAAAUUGUGUUAUUGUAUGAUAUAAAGGGCACUAACAGAUAGCCUGUAUGCCAGCUAUGUAGGUAGGUUAGUCUGCCUAAUAUACACAGAUGGCAGCAACCCUUGUCUCUCUCAUCAGAUUUCAUGGGUGUCAUAGCAACUCCAUAUCCAAAUUAAAAAGUGCAAAUGGAUAUUGAACCCAUUGAAUCAAUAUCUAAUUUGUCUGAUUAGGAGGUAUGCAGUGCUCAUACAACAGUACUAGCUUGGUGCUGCAGAAUAUAUUGCAUUAUAUUUGGAGCUAUCGUUUUCACCAGGAGAGUAGUCUUAUAAUAUGUCUUCAGAAUAAUGAACACCUUUUAACCAUCCAGCUGUAGAUUUUCGUCUUCGAAGCGUCUUUUUAUUACGCUUUGACAUGAUUCGUAGUUUUACAUGUAAAUACAACGGAGUUUUUGUUCAAGUGUUUUUUCAUGUGUCAUCUAACCUAUACAGUUUAUGCCAAAAAUAUACUGAUGUUUACAGUUUCGAAAUAAAUGCUUGUUCUGUUUUUGUUGAAUGUCUGCAUGCUAUACGGUUACAAUGUACUUGAUACGCGUUAUACUUCAAUUGUACUUCAAUUGUACUGAGAUCAUGUGUACCUUUCUUAUUGAAAUAAAACUGGACGGAAGCCAUUGAAACUCGA